AAGAUGACUAUUGAUUCAUCUAAAACAAUUCCUGCAUUUUAUGCAGGGCAAAGUAUAUUUUUAACGGGUGCAACAGGAUUUCUGGGAAAAAUGUUUGUUGAAAAAAUAUUACGAUCUUGUCCAGAUGUUCGUGAAAUAUUUGUGUUGAUGCGUUCUAAAAAGGAAUUAAGUAUUAACGAAAGACUCGAGAAAAUAUUAAACUUACCGUUGUAUGACGAAUUGCGUAAAGAGCAAGUUUCAAAUUUGGAGAAAAUAAUUCCAAUUUCUGGUGAUGUCAGUGAGAAGGGAUUAGGUUUAUCGGUUGCGGAUAGACAAAUGCUAAUUCAAAGAGUAACUAUAAUAAUUCAUGCAGCGGCGAGUGUCCGAUUUAAUAAUAGUAUACAAUAUGCUAUAUUUGUCAAUGCCAGAUCAACAAGAGACAUCUGUAUUUUAGCUCAAAGUAUGAAGAAUUUAAAAGCAUUAGUGUACGUUGGUACAGCAUUUGCACAUGUAAAUAAAACAUUAAUAGAAGAAAAAGUAUAUCCACCAAUAUCUGAUUGGCGGAAGGUAAUCGAAAUGGCCGAGACGUUGGAUGAGCAUACUUUGAAUAUUUUUACGGCUAAAUGUUUACAUUAUUUUCCCAACACGUAUAUUUUUUCGAAGAAUCUAUCAGAAAAUAUAGUACAGGAUUAUUCUUCAUUCUUGCCUUGCGCGAUUGUGAGACCAUCCAUUGUGGGACCAUCACUAAAAGAACCUUUUCCAGGGUGGAUAGAUAAUGUUUAUGGUCCUGUGGGUCUUUAUAUAGGUGGUGGAAAAGGAGUAUUACGAGUAGCUUACAUGAAUAAAACUGCUUAUGAAGAUAUGGUACCAGUAGACAUUGUCAUCAAAGCUAUAAUAGUCGUAAUUUGGAAAAUAGGAUCAACUACCUCUACCACAAGUUCCACAUCUUUUGUUUUAAAUUGUACAUCUUUACAACACAUGACAUUUGAAGAAGAUAUAAACAUGUUAUUUGACAUUAUAAAAGAUGAAAUACCUUUCGAAGGAACUAUUUGGACACCUCAUACAAUAUUAACAGAUAAUUUUAUUCUAUUUUAUAUAUUAACAAUAUUAUUGCACAUUCUACCAGCUAUAUUAAUUGAUCUGAUUUUAAAAUUUUCUGGACGUCGACCUGUGUUAUUACAACUGUUAAGAAAAAUAUAUGUGGCCAAUCGUGCUGUGGGUUAUUUUUCGACCUUUAAUUGGUACUACAGCACUGCAAAUGGAUCGUCUCUAAUAUCUUUAAUACCACCAGAAAAUCAGGAUACGUUUUCUUUUGAAUCUAGCGAUUUUAAUCGUAGAAAUUACGCCAAGGAUGGUGUCAUAGGUGUAAAAAAAUUUGUUCUUCACGAAGAUACGAAUCAAUUGGAUGCACUCUUGGCACAUAAUAAAAGAGUGUAUCUGCUUGUUAAAGUGAUAAAAACUAUCAUCUAUAUUGGUGUACUUUGGAUUAUAUGCAGAUGGAUCUAUUUUUAUACUUUAUAAAUAAUAUUUAUAAAAAAAUGAUUUAUCCAUAUCAUAUUG